AUGUUUGAUAUGAUCAACAUAUUUGAAGUCUUUCUUCCACAACUUCUAAGAUAUCCAAAUCCAACAGAUCCUCUGAACGGAGAAGCCGCUGCCCUAUUAAUGAGAGAACCAAAAGGAUAUGACGCAAAAGUGAAGGAAUAUGUUGUGAAGUACGCCAGCAAAGAGGCUGCAGAUGAGGCAGGGAAAGAAGAAACUGAUGAAGAAGACAUGUCAUCCGUGGCAAGUUACGAAGAUGAAGAAGAACCUGCUGGACAGAUGGAAGAAGUUUGA